AUGGGUGGACAGCAUAGGACUGAUGUUGUGGUCGAUGAGAGACUUCGGGUGCGAGGAGUCAGUAGUUUGCGAGUAAUCGAUACGUCAGUAUUUCCCGCAGUUAUUAACGCCAAUACAAAUGCGGCCGCACUGGCAGUGGGGGAGAAAGGAGCUGAUCUGGUCCUGGAGGACCACCGGACACAGUUUGGUAGUGACCCCGUACUGACGGCACCGACCGGUGAUAUAUCAGCCGUUGAUUUGAGGGUUGAAUACCUUCGUAACCCAAUAGCCGUAGACAUACCUCAGCCGCGACUCCAAUGGACUCUUAAGGCGACUGAUCCCACAAAAAGAGAUUUGUCUCAAAAAGCGUAUCAAAUACUUGUGGCAACAGAUCCGGAAAGUCUGGACAAAGAUAUCGGUAACCUAUGGGACAGUAAGAAAGUGGUGAGCGAUAGGAGCACUCAUAUUAAAUACGGUGGAACUCCGUUAAAGUCGGGACAGAGAGCCUAUUGGAAAGUGAAUGUGUGGGACCAGAAUGACCAGGUACAACUUGGCGCAAGUGGUGGAUCAAACUUUUGGGAUAAAGGGCUGGACAUGAAUGACUGGACCGCCCAAUACAUUGGAGCCCCAGUAGGCACUCAACAUACAGCGUUACAAAACAUAUCGGAUAUCGACUCAAAAGGAGUCUACAAAAUACUCAUUAAUAACUUUCAUAUCACUGACUCUCUGCUGAGUCCCGGUUGGACUGACUAUAAUAAGACGAUUCAAUACCAGGCCUACGAUAUAAUGGAUAAAUUGCAUUGCGAGCUAUUGCCCACAAAUAAC